AUCGUUUGGAUGGAUCGAGAAGCCCUCGACGAUCAUCACACUAACGCACGGUUGCGUCGUGAAUGUCGAUCUCCCGAAGCGGGCAUGCGUAAAACCUAGCACGCUGCUAACUUACCCCACGUUUUGAGAAGGGCAAGGGAUCAUCGGGCAAGGGAUCAUCGGGCAAGCGCCGCCUUUAGAUCGAGGAAAUCCUCAACUCCGUGGCCGAGAACGGUUUUCCUCUCGCGCGAAUUCCAUGCGUGAGUCUUCUUCUCGUCGGCUGACAAAUUGGUUCGGGCCUCGCUCUUCUGCAUCACCAUCUCAGACGCACUAAAUCCUCCUCACCUCAACCAUCUCAAUCCAUAUACCCAUAUCCCUCUCCACCAAGUACCCGCCAUGUCCAACCCGACACCAUCCUUCACCGGCGACCCAAACGCCCACCCACCCUCUUCUUUCAGCGCCGGCAUGACGGGCACCUGUCUCUGCGGCAGCAUCAGCGUCACUAUCCACGACGGCUCCCUCUUUUCCAAACCCCGCGGCCACCUGUGCCACUGCGCCAACUGCCGUAAAGUGGGAGGUUCAUAUGUCGCGGCCAACCUGGCGAUUGAGAAAGAGAAGGUGGAGAUCCAGGACGCGAAGGGGAGCAUGAAAAGGUAUGAGGACUGGGAUACGGGGAGUGGGAAGUGUGUUACGAGGUGUUUCUGUGGGAAUUGCGGCUCUCCGAUUAUGAGCGAGCCAGCCAUAUUUCCGAAGAUGUAUAUCUUGAAAAUGGGCUUGUUUCCCCGGAUUCCAAAGCCGGAGGCUGAGAGCUUUGCCGCGCAUCGGCAUGAGUGGCAAGGCGUGCAUGAGGGCGUUGUGCAGUUUGAGACUGUGAGGGGUGGGAAGAAGCUUAAGGAGUGAGGAGAGCACUGUAGUGCAGCCUGAACCUUAGGCUCCAAAGUACCGUUGCAUUGAUCGCUAUACUCUAUGGUGCUUUUCUUAUGCUGCUCGUCUCCCUUUGGCUGUGACAUGAAGACUGGAGUGACGAGGCUAGAGAACCAAGGCCAGAUUCUCUAGAUCGAGAUCUAGCCCGCAGCUUAGCUGAGGAAUCUGCGUAUAAUUGGACUGGUCCAACAACUGUCUCGUCACCUGGAGAGUCUGGUCGCAUAAAUGUUAGCUCCAUUCUCUCUCCCCCAUUAGAG